AUGACACGCGCCCUCAACGCCGGGCACAAGCGCCUGUUUGCUCUGAUCGCCCUUGUCCCUUUCUGGCUCAGCUUUGCUACCCUUGCAAGCGUCUCCACCACCAAUGCUUCUCUCGUAGCCAACAUCUCUCCUCGUCCUUCCGACCCUUCCCGCAAGUCGCUCUCUUGGGGUCCUGAACACAAACACAAGGUCUUUGCCGAUAUUGAGUCGGCCAACGAGGCUCCUCCCCUUCGUCGAGGCCUCGACUUUGCCAGCCGCAAGCAUGCAUACGCUGCUGCCAUCCACUACGUCAAUGCCGAAGCUGGCCCCAAGAACCCUUAUUCCGUGGCCACUCGCCUUGCAAAGCACCUUCUCGGAUACAAGCAGGCUCUUGCUCCCAACGGUCACGACUUUUACGUUCGACCCGAUUCAUACACUGAUCCUUCCAGCGGCAUCUCGCACUACUUCAUCCGCCAGCUCGUCAAUGGCCUCGAAGUUGCCGACGCUGAUCUCAACAUCAAUAUCUCACCCGAGGGCAAGAUCCUCUCCUUUGGCUCUUCCCUCUUCCCUGGACACGCUCCUCCACCUUUCACCAACCAAGGUGUACCUUCCACUGAAGCAGCCUCCGAGGACGAAAUCUCUCAGCGAUGCGAUCAGCUUCGAUCCCAGCUCCAGUCUCGUCUCUUCCCUCAGCCUCAGUCUGACGCCUCGCCUGAGUACACCGAGACUCCUGGUGCCGACUGGUCCGAUAGCAACGAGGCCUUCGUUCGAGGUGGCGUACACCAGUAUGUCUUUGACAGUCUCGCCAAGCCUCCUGCUGCCAGACACGCUUCUCAACGAGCCAAGGUUGACCCUCAGAGCGUGCUGCCCCUUCAGGAGGAGCUGCACGAGCUCUGCAGCGUCCCUAGCGAUGAUCCCCUCCUCCAGGGUGCAGAUCUCUCCUCUCGCCUUGCUGGCUCUCUCUCCCACCUUCGUGCCAAGCGCGAUCUCAACGGGCCCGAGUCCAUCGUUGAUCCUCGUCUCGCCCUGAUCUACUUCUUACGACAGGCCACCCCUGACGAGCGUCUCGCCGCUCGUCUCUCGGACCCACGCGCUGCCGAAAGCGAGGCUGCUCAGAUCGUCACCACUUUUGAGCACAAGCUUCAGCCUCACGCUGGCAAGACUGAUUCGGGUGCCCAGGCCUCUCACACUCAGAUCGAGUACCUUCACAACGUCCCUACUGCCAAGGGUCCCGUCCCUGCUCAGCUUGCCUACGUCCAGACUGAAGCCGAAGGCCUCAACUUGGUCUGGAAGUUCCAGGUGUCUCUCGAGGACAAUGCUUACGAAGCCUACGCCGAUGCUCACCGACCCGGUAGCAUCAGCACUGUCCUUGACUGGGUGCACAGCAUGCCCAAGCCUCGAUCCAAGUCGAACAAGGUCCCUUCUCUCGGUCGACCCGACUUUGGCAGCCACCAGGUGCCCGAGCUCGGCCGCCCUGACUUUUCCGGCUACACUUCCUCCAAGCCUGUCCAGGCUGAAACUCCUCCCGCUCCUAUGGCUCACGAUCCCGUGUACCGUGUCUUCAAGUGGGGUCUCAAUGAUCCCACCGAGGGUAAGCGCUCCAACGAAAAGGGUGAGCGCUACCAGCAAGCUUCUCCCGCUGGUUGGCACACGGUCCCCGGCAAGCACUCGCCCUUCUCGCCGCUCGAGGCUGACGAUGCUCGUACUGUGGUAGCAGACAACACUGUCUACUCGGACACUCGAGGCAACAACGUCUUUGCUCAGGCUGAUCCCUCUGGCAACGGCGAAUGGAAGUCGGAAUCCAUCAAGCGACCCAAGGGCCGUCCUAGCCCUGACAAGUCGACCGACAUGAUGUUCAACUACCCUUACAAGUGGCGCAAGUCAGAGAAGAAGCACUCAAAGCUCUCUCCUGCCGACUAUGUUGCUGCUGCCACCGUCCAGCUCUUUGUGACCAUCAACGAGUACCACGACCUUCUCUAUGCCUAUGGCUUUGACGAAGUCUCGGGUAACUUCCAGGAGCACAACUUCGGCCGCGGCGGCGAGGGCAACGACGGUGUCAUCGCCUUUGCUCAGGAUGGUGCUGGUACGGACAAUGCCGAUUUCAUGACUCCUCCCGAUGGUCAACGCGGUAGGAUGCGCAUGUAUGUUUGGGAUCAGUCGACCCCCUUCCGUGAUGGAGAUUUCGAAGCUGGUAUCGUGAUUCACGAGUACAGCCACGGUCUCUCGACUCGUCUGACGGGUGGUCCUGCCAACAGUGGCUGUCUUGGCUGGGGUGAGUCAGGCGGCAUGGGUGAGGGCUGGGGUGAUGUGCUCGCCUCGAUCAUCCGUCGCACCGGUGCUGCUCCUCACGACUGGCCAAUGGGCUCCUGGGCAUCGAACCGCACCAAGGGCAUUCGAAACUACCCGUACUCGACCAACAAGACGAUCAACCCCGAGACCUACUCCUACCUCGAUCACGCAGGUUACUGGGGAGUGCACGCCAUCGGUGAGGUGUGGGCGACCAUGCUCAACGAAGUCGAGGAAGCGCUUGUUGUCGAGCACGGCUUCACCACGAACCUCUUCCCUCCUGCCACCAACGCUACAGCUGAGGAGCAGUCCGCUUUCUUCCUUACCGAUGACGAGCUGACUUCUCUCGGCAAGCACCGUGUCAGCAAGCGUCGUGUGCCUCGGCACGGCAACUCGCUUUUGGUGCAACUCAUCCUGGAUGGCAUGAAGUUGCAGCCUUGCCGACCCAGCUUCUUUGACGCUCGUGAUGCGAUCGUUCAGGCUGACAAGCACCUCACUGGUGGUCAGAACAAGUGCCUAUUGUGGAAGGCGUUCGCCAAGCGUGGAUUGGGUUCGGAUGCUAGCGUGAUUGGCCGCACGCCUUGGGGCGGAGGAAAGCGCUCAGACGGUUACGCCGUGCCUAGCGAGUGCAAGUCUGCUUAG